AUGGAGAGCUCGGCCACCCUCACUCUGUCAUCAGGACAGGUAGAUGAUAACACUUUUUGGCGAAAUAUCCCUAAUUCCUUGGGAGGCAAGCAGGACAUCGAAUUGCAAUCAAGUAAUGUAAUAUUUGGGAGGUUAGCCCACCGUGCAACCGCCCUGAAACAAUUCUGGUGCUCCGUAUCCUACAGUAAGAAUCAGUGCGAUAAUGUGUUACCUCCUACUACUGAAUCUGACAUCAUCCAACUAAUUCGCUACACGCUACCCUUAUCUCCGAGCCGUAUUCCUGACUCAUGCGCCCCCAAUCAAGCAUUUGUCGCCGGCCCCAAACCAGCGCCCGUUGUUUCAGAUGAAUUUCUGACGGGCGCAAGCGCCCGCGACUGGUCCUGA